UGAGCCUUUGAAGCGUGGUUACUUUGCUCAAUUCAGUCUCUUCUCUGCCGAUUUACGCCGUCGGGCUGGGUCGCCUGACCUGGUCGACUUAGCGGAGGGACAGAGCAUUGAUCCUAUAGAUGUAGAUAACCCUGAUCGCUGGGUCGUACGCACUCGUGCCCCUUUGAAGUCGAUCUCAUCUAUCGAAAGUGAAGAGGAGCCCAUGCCGGUGACACCCACUUCUGGGCAAGAUAUCGCUGCUGCCGACGAAGCCGAAGUAUUUUCUCUCCCCGAACAGACGCGAGUUGGUCGCUGUAAUGCCGUAUGCGUGGCUCGACAUCGAUACGGAGAGGGCCAGAAGUUAAAGCGCGACCCACGAGAACAAUUCCGAGAAGAAGUGAUCACCAUUACAAACAAGUUGCAGGAAGCCUCGAUGAAACGACGGUAUUUAUUUAUCUCACCUACUGCCAGUUUGACAUUAUUGUAUGCAUUUAUGCUCUUAGUAGUGAAGAGUCCAAGUCGACUGCCGAAGUAUGUCACUCAUUAUUAUAUUAACAAAUGGACAAGAGGUGAAAUAUGA